GGAUCCACCUGCGUCACCGUCAGUAAGCUCCAUUUCCACCAAAUGCUCACUGUUCAUUUCCUUAUAGGGGGACCUUCUCCAGUCGAUAUCUUUAAUUGCUCCUGGGUUGUAUCAAUACCUUCCGGUUUUGCUGCUCCAUCACGAGCCACUGGGAACGGGUUGCCCGGGAAACGGCCGCAUGGCAACAGGAUCAGAGCCUGGGGGUUGUCUGCUUCUAGGUCUGCUCCCAUUUUACAUCGCAUUUCCUCACUAGAUGGUGUGCAAGCCACUGGAGAGUACACUUCCCCGCACAGUGAGCUCUACAUCCAUCCAAACAAACCUGGGAAACUAUACAGCGGAUCGUUUAUUCGUGGGGCUCCGCAAAAGUGUGGAAAUAAAACGUCGUUCGCGUUAAGGUUCUCCGUUUUUUUUCUUUUGAAGCUAGCCCAGUUCGCUUUUCUUUUCUUUCUUAACAACAAGAAGACUUGGGAAAAGCGACAACAAAAACACAGCUGUGAUGGACAUAAUGACUGCGGUGCAGGAUGCUUGUGUCUCUGGUCAGUGGCUUACUGCGAUAAUUCUCAGCCUGUGCUGCUUUCUGCCGUCCUGCUUGCCCGCUGGACAAACUGUGGACUAUUCCUCGGUUGAAAGUGUGGUCAGCAGACAAGGCGACACGGCACUACUGAGGUGCUACUUGUUGGAUGGGAUCUCUAAAGGAGCCUGGCUGAACCGCUCAAGCAUCAUAUUCGCAGGGAAUGACAAGUGGUCUGUGGAUCCACGUGUGUCCAUAGUGUCCAGUGUUGGAGACAAACACGAGUACAGCCUUCAGAUACAGAAAGUGGAUGUAACUGAUGAUGGCCUUUACACAUGCUCGAUUCAGAGUGAGCGUAACCCACGGCCAAAGCUCCUCAACCUCGUUGUAAAAGUUCCUCCCAAGAUAUAUGACAUUUCCCCUGACAUCACGGUAAACGAGGGCAGCAAUGUGUCUCUCAUCUGCACAGCCAGUGGGAAACCUGAGCCAACCAUUACCUGGAGACACAUAACCCCAUUAGCCAAGAAGUAUGACAGUGGCGAAAAUCUUAACAUCACUGGGAUCACAAAGGACCAGGCUGGAGACUACGAAUGCAGCGCUUUAAAUGACAUUGCCUCUCCCGACACCAAAAGAGUAAAAGUCACAGUCAACUUUGCCCCAUCUAUCCACGACAUAAAGAGCCAUGGAGUCGGUCUGGGACGCACAGCCCUGCUAAGAUGUGAGGCUGCUGCAAUGCCUUCUCCAACAUUUGAGUGGUACAAGGGUGAAAAAAGGAUUAUCAAGGGUCAGGGCAUCGACAUCAAGAGCCUCAGCUCCAGAUCAGUCCUCACAGUCACCAACAUGACAGAGGAUCGUUACGGGAACUACACGUGCGUCGCCUCCAACAAGCUAGGGACGGCUAAUGCCAGCGUGCCUCUCAAUCCAAUUAUUGAACCCACCACCACUAGUGCUGUCUCAAGCCCAGCGCCCAACACUGCACCCUAUGGGAGCACAGGAAGUGCGCACAUCUCGCUGGCCUGCCGGUACCUGGUCAUGGCUCUCUCCUCCUUCAUCAGCGUGUACUAGCAGAGGCCAGCCCAGACACAAUGACUGUCGAGAGCAUUUAUGAAUCCUUUUUGACAUUGCUGAUGGCUGGAAUCCAAUCUGGUACAGUUUGUUGAGCUGUGGUGGGAAAAUAAUCAGCGUUACUUUUUGUGUGGGGAAAUGUUUUUUUUUCCUUUUUUUUAAUCUUAUUUUCUUAUUUGGUGAAAUUUCUGUCAUGUAAAUACUAUGAUGUUUUUUAUUAUUAUUAUUAUUAUUUCCUCUUUAUUAUUUUUUUUCCUUUUCUGAUUGAUUGACCAGCUUGUGAAUCAGUACUCAUCCCCAACCCCCACACCAAUCAACAGCCCCACCCUCCCCCACCCCUCGAACCUUUCAAAUGAGUUCCUUUCAUGCAUCUUGUCCCUGCGAGGCGAUGGCGCAAAAUUGACAUCUUCACCCAUUUUUGUACACGACUAAAAAAGAAGCAAUUCCGCAAAGUCUCUCAGUACAAAGAAUUACCAUACCAAUGUUGUAUUGAAUGUAUUACCGGCUGUUGAACAAAGGAAAGACAUUUAGAUUCCUAACAAUACAAUUUUUGAUCAUGGAGUGCGCUCGAAAAAAAAAAAACAGUUAAAAAACAACAAAAAACCAACAACAAAAUAAUAAUUUUAAAAAAAAAAGGCAGGGCGUUUUCAGGACCUGUAUUAUCACGAUUACUCAAUAGAUGGAUGAACAGUGUUCAAGGUGUGUUUGCCGUAUCCUGAAAUGGGUCCUUCAGUUACUAUGCCUGCCUAACCGCUUCAAUCAGGCAGCCGUGAAAAGUAGCAAAAUAUACUGUAUUGUAUCUUUAUAUUUUAAUAUAGCGUAGGCUUUUGUUUUAAAGUGGGACCAGCUUUUCUCAUUCGACCAAGAGCAUUAACACAAACCAUGACUUUGUACGCUAUGAAAGGAGGAACUUCGCCGCCCCCAUGUUUACAUUUUUCUUGAAAAUAGAAAUAAAAAAGUAUAUUCUCUGUUUUUUUCCUUCUGUUUUGUCUUGCUUUUUUUUCUUCAGCGAGUCAGUGUAUGUGAAGAAUAUGACAAAUUGUUGCAGUUAGGAAAAAGGCGAGGCCCAAGUUGAGCUGCUUCUUUCUUUUUAGUUUGCGCUCCACCUCCAGUAGGUAUCAGGGCAGAGCACUUUGUCUCUGAAUUCGCUGCGUACCUACUGAUCAUCUUUGGCUGAAAACCCACAGCUCCGUACUGUAUGAUCGGUUUUUUCGCCCCCAACUUUGGGUAUGAAACUUGGAUAAUGGAGUCUGGGAAAGCACCGUUCUGCUGCACUGCAUUUUAUUACUCUCCUUUCCAGUGCAGAGAAUUACAUGCAGAAAUAUGCCCCACUUUCUUUUUUUCCCCUUCAAAUAAAGAGUCAAAGCCAUAUUUGGCUAAGUGCAUAAUCUACAAAAAAACUACAAUAAUUGCACCUUUUGCAACUUUAACUUUUUUUCAUGUUAUUCAUGAUGAAGAGAAGAUGCUCAUUACCAAACAAACAUGGCCUAAGGUGCUACCAGCCCUCUCCAAGAUGAUCAAGGUUAACAAAGAGAUGAUCAGUGUGCAUCGGAGGUCAUUUAAAUUCAGCCUAACAGCAGAAACUGUAACUUUUCAAGGCUUAAAAUCAGUGUUUGCUUUUAGACAAGGCUGUCAGCGUGGCAUAUUCAUCCUCACGUAUCCUUAAUUCAUGGUUGAAACAGAGAAACUGUACUGUGAUGCCUUAAUAGUACCAUAGACAUUAAAUUACCCUCUUUUUGAAAGGACGCUUGGAGAAAAUCUCAAUAUGACACAACUUAUUUGUCAUUUUGACGUAUUAUUGAUGACUGAAUGUUCAUGAACAAUUAGCUGACUUAUCUGUUAAAUUAGGCAUUAUAUCCAGUCAAAUCCAACCGAUGGCUCCUGCAGGUAUUUUCAAAUAAGUCAGUUGUACAAAUGCAGUAUUUCCGGUCCAAAUAACGCGUUUGGAUUUGGACCGAACAGUGGAGGGACUAACAGCAUUCAAGUUCAGAGUAUUUUAAGACAGCAAACUUGCAACUGCAAAUCUAUAGAAAAAUAGCCAUCGCAGUUAAAAGACUUAAAGCACAAACAUUAUUAUUUGAACGUUUUGUGGUGAUUUGUUUUGAGGUCUGCUGAGCUUUUCUGUUGUUUCCUUUUCCGUUUCUUUCUUUUAUUGUUUGUACUAAAGUUGUUAUCAGCUUGUUUUACAAAUUAUAAAAAUACUGCACCAUAUGAUCUUGUUUAAAUGUUAAGGUAUAAUGAAAAUGGGUCAGACGUAUAUUUAUUCUCUUCCUUUAUGAAAACAGUGUAAAAAAAUACAUUUGAAACAUGUAAAACUGAAUAUGUGACAUUUAUUUGAAUGAGGCACAGUAUGGCAUAGUUUAUAAUGUUGUCUGGUUCAUUUAGAUGCCAUAACUGUUGUUGAUUUAAGUACAUUAAAAGAACAAUGUUUGCAAUCAAAUUACCUACUUUUUGAAAGAGAGAGGGUGUGAACCAAUAUAACAGUAUUAUAGAACAGAGUCAAUGUGUGUAUAUUUGGAGAAAAUAUGAUACCUUUUGAUCUUUAGAGCCAGUGUGUAGUCAUAGUUUCACACACUUGCGUGUUUGACGAUGUGCAGAGAGUAUGGUUGUGCUGCAUGUCAAAGUUAACCUGUGUUUUUGAGGUGGGCAUUUUACAGAUAUUCAUACUUUUUAUGACUGGAAGCAGUUUUUUCCAAACGUUUGGUUCAUAAACCUGGUCUAAAAAGACAUACCUCUUACAGAUUGCCAGGCUAUGUUUGUUUGUGAUUUCUUUCGAUCGACUUUGCUGAUAAACUAAAAACAACUGCUGUUCAGAGUCAUGAUGAUUAUUGUGGCACAUUGGUGACAGUCUGGAGUUAUGUUGGUUGCUUGUUAAGCAGUUAAAACCAUGCUAGUAUUCCAUAUGAAAUGUAAUGGAUGUUGAUUAUUUUCAAUAAUGGUAUUAACAAGUCCCUUUUAUCAAAUCAAUAUUAUUUGCAAUAAAAGUCUUCAUGUUACAAGAUAAA